AUGGUAGAACUUAGAUCCGGGUCAGCAACGAACCCUGGGAACACCAGCGCGGAAACCGUCCCUGUUGCUAACACUCCUCCCAGCGGCAUUAACAUGCCGCCUACUAAUCCCAGCAGCACGGAAAGCGCUCCUUCAGGCAUUACACCGCCAAUCACUAGGGCCAGAGUUGCUGCCACCCCUAACGCUUCUACGCCGCCUACCAAUACCAUUAACACAGAAAGUGCUCAUUCAGGUGUUACAUCACCAGUCACCAAGGCCAGAGCUGCUGCUGCCGCCCCUAAUGUUUCGUCGAGUAUGGCAUCUCCGACCAUCACUAGGACUACAGUUACUCCACUAUCAGGACGAGAAACCGGAGGAGCUAGAGGAGGCCGCCCCUAG